GAACCAAAACUAAACCCAAACAGUAGCGCUAUUAAGCUAAUGGCGGAGCCCGGCCAAAUGCACAUAUAUCCCCAACAAAUCCAAAUGCCACCCACCUUCAUACCCAUACCCGCCUCCCAACCCGCGCACCUGCCCUCCAUGAAGCGCCGCCGCGACGACGAUUUUCCGCCGAUGCAAAUCGGGCCGGAACCCCUGGACCCAGCCCCAAAGCGCCGGGCCAAGGCCCAAGACGUCAUCUUCAGAGUCGUGGUCCCGUCCAGACAGAUCGGCAAGGUCAUCGGCAAAGAAGGCUGCCGAAUCCAGAAGAUUCGUGAAGACUCCAAGGCCACCAUCAAAAUCGCCGACGCCAUAGCUAGGCACGAGGAGCGUGUGAUUAUAAUAAGCUCAAAGGAUGGUGAUGAAGAUACUACUGAUGCCGAGAAUGCGCUGCAGCAAAUAGCUGGCUUAAUUCUUAAGGAUGAUGAGAAUAGUGCUGAUGCGGCAAAAGUUGGUGCGGGACAUGUGGCUGCGAAUACGAUAAGACUUUUGAUUGCUGGUUCCCAAGCAGGUUCUUUAAUUGGGAUGUCUGGUCAGAAUAUUGAGAAACUGAGGAACUCCUCUGGGGCCACAAUCACAAUCCUUGCUCCAAGCCAGUUGCCUUUGUGUGCUUCUGCCCAUGAAUCCGAUCGAGUGAUACAGAUAUCAGGUGAUGUCCCUGCUGUUCAGAAAGGUCUGGAGGAGAUUGGUUGUCAACUAAGAGAAAACCCGCCUCGGCAAGUGAUUUGUAUCAGUCCCGCCUAUAACUAUACAGCAAUUAGGCCACCUCAAGUUCAACCAUACAUGGACCCAACUUCAGCUGAAUAUAUAACUUUCGAGAUGUUGAUAUCGGAAACAAUGGUUGGUGGGUUGAUUGGUAGAUGCGGCUCCAACAUUUCAAGGAUCAGAAAUGAGUCUGGUGCAAUGAUCAAGGUUUAUGGUGGGAAAGGUGAACAAAAGCAUAGGCAAAUUCAGUUUUGUGGUAAUCCUCAGCAGGUGGCAUUGGCAAAGCAGCGGGUUGAUGAGUACAUCUACUCCCAGUUGAUACAACAAGCUGGUGCUCAACAGACAGCGUAAUCUUCCUGCAUUAAUGCUGUCCGACUUGGUAACAGUAAAGGUGAAGCGGAGUAUUCGGAUUUUGUACCACCGUUUCGACAUUCAGCACCAAAGAAAAUUCAGACCACUUUAACUGUUGACUUUAGUGCUUCAUUAGUGUAUUUAUAAAUGUGAGCAUUGCAGUUGAUGUGCCGGAGUCUUUUAAAAUUUGGCUAUAUACUGCAAUUGUUUGUAAUGGUUGUUGUGUUUGGACUUUGGAAGAUAAUUGGAGAUAGUGAAGGUUUA